GGCUGAGUGGCGAGGCAUGGCUCUCUCCUCGAGUCGUUCAUCACGCGGUUCAAAGACGAUGGCGGGUACAAUGUGUACACAAAGAUGCUGGACUCAGCGAAGGUUGGUGGAGUACCGCAGCAUCGGCAGAGGAUCUAUCUCAUCGGGAUCCUGAAGACCGUGGACGAUGGCACCUUCGAGUGGCCGCACGAGUACAAGCAUGGCGGAAUGAAGACGAUCCUCGACCCCAAGGAGACGCCGUUCAAAAUGGUUGCCCCGAAGGCGACGCAGACCACGGCCUGCAACAAUUUGAUCGAGGCAAUUGAGGCCAUCAAGAAGCUGAGUUGGGACCCGACGAAGAAGGCGUGCGUCAUAGACAUAGACAGCACCAAGAUGAAUUGGCGUCACGACGAGUCCUUGUGCUUGACGGCGAGCCGUGGCAGGACGGGAGGUUACUACGUUUCCAAUCGUGGUCGCCGGCUCCGCUUGAACGAAUGCCUUCGCCUCCAGGCCCACAACCCGAAGCUGAUCAAGAUCGGAAAAGUUUCGGUGAACCAGAUGAUGGCGGCCGCUGGCAAUGCCAUGACGGUCAGCGUGAUCGAGCGCUUGAUGCUACGGGCCUUGCCAGCGGCGCAAUUAGCCGACUCACGCAUGCUUCAGAAGCGCUGGGAGGACCUCGCGAGUGCUACAGCCACUCUUGCGAGCAUGCGUUGAAACUAAUGGUCUGGCUUUGCGUGGGUAGCACUGCAGAGGACCGUUGAGGCGGGCGCUCAAGCGCCGUGAAGUUUCCUGGGGAGCUCGCGAGAGG